GAUGAUAAACAAACCAUUUUAUCAACAUUUUAGCUCAAAUAAAUGAUAAUGUACAUAACACCAGAGAUAAUAAUAACUUUUGUAAAUAUCUCUCUCAGGUAAUGAUAAUAUUAUACAGGUAGAUGAAGGCAAAAGAUAUCAGGUAACAAUUUAGGAAAAAAUCAUCUUUUUGUUCAUCAAACAGAUAAACAAAAAAACUAUUACAUUUGUUUCCAAUGUUAUCUUACCAUUGACAUCAUAAUCAUCGUCAUCCAUUUACAGUUUAUCCUCAUCUUGUUAUCAUCCUUUGUAAUCAACAAACAUCAUAAUCCAAAUCAUAUCCAGAAAACGUGGUUAAAAUCAAUGACAAUGAUUCUUGACCCAUCGGUAUUGGUCAGUUUGCUUCUGAUGGUUUUUCUGUUAUCCAUUUCAACUAAAGUUUCAGGUUCAACUGCUAAUUCUCAUGUUUGGCUAACGGUCUCUUCUCGUGUCGAUCGGUCUACCUUGUUUUCCCGAAGUUUCACUCAACGUCACUUAGAGCUUAAUUGGCAUUCGAUACCGAUCACACCAACAACGUGGAUUGGAUUAUUUAACAAGCCACAAAUCAAUCAAUCGAACUUCACUUUUGGGUCAAAGGUAAAUCCAAACGAUGCUUUGUACAUUGUCCACGAACUGGAAACAAGUGAAGGAAAUCGUAGGAGUAACAUUCAAUUUCCUGUAUUCAUGUUCAGUGAAUCAUUACCUUUGAUAUCUACCUGUUUACAGUAUUACAUUGUUUGGGUCGAAGAUGAUAAGGUAAAAGAGGUCAACUGUAUACGAUCCCAGCCCUUUUGGAUGGGUCAAAAUAGUGACCACUUGGUAAAUAAACCUUUAAAUCAACUGAUGAUACCAGGAACUCACAACUCUGGUAGUUAUUCAAUCGGCUAUGAACCAGGAUUGUUAACCAAACUAUUGAAUGCUUACUCUUUAUGUCAAGAUGAAAAUAUAUUCAAUCAACUGGUUUAUGGUAACAGAUAUUUGGACAUUCGGGUUAUGUAUGAUCCUAAACUGGGUGAAGAUUUUUGGAUUGCUCAUGAUUUUUAUCCAAUUAAUAAAACAGUUCGUCAAGUCUUGGCGCAAGUUAGACAAUUUAUGGAUUCAACAAGUAACGAAGUGGUCAUUAUGGACUUUCACAGGUUCCCAGUGGGUUUUGAAGAUAAGGGUAUCAUUAAUUUCACUCGACAUAAUCAGCUACUUAAUUUGAUUGAGGAGAUGGUCGGUCCACAUUUAAAUGAUAAUUCAGAUCAAAUUGAUUAUCAGAAAACUUUUGGUUCAAUAGUUUCAACUGGACGUCGAUUGGUUUUAGGUCAUUCAGAAUCUACGAUUAUGGGUCGACCUUAUCUUUUUCCAGCGGUAAAACAACUUUGGGCCAAUACAGAUUCGAUCACAGCAUUAGCAGCCUACUUUAAUUCAUCUCUAUGUUCAAUUAAUCUGUCGGCAUCCGCAGCAAUGGCUGAAUUAACACCUAAAGCAGUUAAUUUCCUAAAUUAUGGUGGAUUACGAAAAAUGGCCUCAUCAGUUAAUUUCAUGGUAACUCGUUGGUUUCGUGAUUCUUGGUAUAAUCAAUGCGUUAACAUAAUCGCCAGUGACUAUUUCCUUGGUAAUAAUAUAAUCGAGUUAUCAAUUGAUUCAAACAAAAGACGAUUCUCUUCAUCCACUCCUCUUCCUCCAUAAAAGUGUAUCGAUGUUACAAACAUCCAAACCAAUUAGAAAUCCAAUUGAUUGAAAUCAAAAUAAAACAGACAAGAGCCACACCUUAA